AGUUCUAGUUUUCAUGGUGAUCGCACGAGUACUCAUUGUGGUUCCCUAGGCCAUAUUGAAUCUUGGUGUUGGUAGAAUAAUGGCAAACCUGACCAUGUGCAUCGGGUUAUGGAUGCUCCGUCCUCGGUUUCCACUGGCCCUGUUGCUCUUCCAGUUGAUUCUCAUGAGGCACUCACUACUCAGAUUAGCGAGCUUACUGCCCUUGUCCAGUCUCUUCGGCAUGGUCUACUUUCAUCCUCUACAGCUAUUAUGGCUAGUUUAGGCCUGUUACUCAUGAUAUUGUACUUGCUGAUGGAUCUUCUCGACCUGUCAGUGGUCAAGGCCCUCUUCAUCCAACUCCAUCCCUCUCCUUACCCUCUAGUCUUUAUGUUCUUAAGGUUCCAUUUAAUUUGCUUUCUGUUAGUCAAUUGACUCAAGCUCUCCACUGUUCCAUAACCUUUUCUCCUACUUCAUGUGUU